AUGACAUCGUGCAACUUUUGCGCAAAGCUUUGUGUUGAGCUACUGAGCGAUAAUGACGUUCGAUUCCAUCCAAACUUGGAAUCGCUUCGAAAGAGUGCAGAAUCAGACUGCCCUUUCUGUGCCCUUGCAUAUACGGCGAUUCGAACAACGACCAGGCGUGAUGUUGUUACCGCCCUCCUGAACGGCGAAAGACCAAAAGAUUACAAGGAGGGUCCAUUUUACCCAAGUAUAUGGCUUCGUGGACAGAUACAUCCUUUUGAGUUGGGCACAAGAUUAGGCCAGCUAGGUCAAAGCACACCCACCAGGAUUUGGAUAUCUUGCGGAAGGUUUCCUCCCGACGUUGGGCUAUCCGAAACGAAUUCUGUUAUCUCUUCAAUGAGAACCAUCCAGCUAUUUUGUUUUGCUCUUCAUCAAUCGCCGGUUUCCUCGCUUUAUUCAGAUCGAAAUUUUGGCCAGGACCCGGAUCCAAAUUCUUACAUCUUAUGGUCAAAGUGGUGUCUUAAGACAUGCCAUGAUACUCAUAAAAUUUGUGCGCUUCAACGGUCACGCAAGAUGCCUACGCGUGUCAUAGAAGUGGGUACAAAAAGUCACAGGUUGCUUCCUACUGAUGAUUUGCAGGAGCCUUACGUAGCUCUUUCAUACUGCUGGGGCCCAGCCAUGGAUACAUUCAAGCUGACGCAUGAUACAUACGCUGAAAUGCUAGAUGGCAUUGCAGAGAUCAAAUUGGCAAAAACACAUCAAGAAGCUAUUGGAUUUUCUCGCGCAAUUGGUAUCAAAUACAUUUGGAUUGAUGCGUUGUGUAUUAUCCAGGGGGAUGCUGAGGACUGGGCAGCCGAGUCUAGACUUAUGGACCAAGUCUAUGGGAACGCAGCAGUGACCAUAAUAGCUGGACGGUCUUCCGAUUCCCGCGAUGGGUUCAUCACACCGAAACUCGAGCAAUCGGCGCCACCAGUUGCCUUACCACUAUCUCUAUCUAGGAAGGAUGCACUUUACGUUGGGCUUUCCCGCACAUAUGCGACUGGGCCCGUGUCAACGCGUGGCUGGUGCUAUCAGGAACAGAUAUUAUCCAACCGCUCCAUUCUUUUCAGUGAGGAGCAACUUGUGUUUCAAUGUCGUGCCUGGACUUUUAGGGAAGAUGGCAGCAGUGUCUUUAGCGGUUCACCAACUUUCCUCACACCAGGGGUUGCUUCGAUGAAGGGAGAUCUGGAGACAAAAAAGGAAAGCACGCUCAAAUUGUGGUACGAGGGCCUCCACCUGUACACAAGGCGCAAACUGUCCAAUCCUCAUGACGUCUUCGCUGCCAUAGCCUCGAUCGCUGGACUGGCUCAGAAGAUUCUCCGAUCACGCUAUCUGGCCGGUCUAUGGGAAGACGACAUUGUUAGAGGCCUGCUCUGGAAACCCCGUCAUCACUUAGACAACAGCUUCAGACGUCCGGCGACUCGUCCCCAACCGACAGCCUUCGCGCCACCACCUGUGGUUCGCGCGCCUUCUUGGUCAUGGGCUUCCGUUGAAGGGCCGACAAUCCAUGGCUACAAAAUCAGUAAUUCAAAACUCUUCAAAGAAGAGGGUUUCGUUCAGGUGAGGCCAGGCCUCGAAAUUGGGUGGACUGCAGAUAUGAAUUGUGAUGUAUCAGCACUACAUAUGCCAUACUGUGAGCUCCAUAUACUCGGACGGGUGGGAAAAGCCAUGAUCAUGGAUACUGCCGUGGAACACUAUCUACCAAAUGACAGAUAUAUUCAAUGGGCGGGCAAAAAGAAGAAAUAUGGAACGCUACUCGCAAAAGCCGGAGACACCUAUGUUGAUAAGGGAAAACUUGAUGAGCAAGUAGUUGCUGUAGGAUUUUUUGAUGUAGCUGAAGAAGCUUGUAAAGAGGUGUGGUGUUUGCUACUGCUUGAAAGGGAGGGUUUGAUGUUGGUCAAACAUGGGGAAAAGUGGACACGCACGGGAUGGUUCCUCCUCGAAAAUGGUUCCUGGCUGAACGGGGAGGUUGAAACUGAAGUCAAGCUGAUAUGA